AUGAUGUUGUUGAGCCGAACAGUAGUAACUGUGGUCAUCUUAGCGUCAGCAUGUGAUGUUUCUAUUCCCUACAGCAAGAAAAGGGUCUUGGGUAAGGAAUUUCAGUUUUUUAUUUUUGUUCUCUGUCAAACGAUGUAGUUAUAAAGUCUCGUUUUAUUGACAACAGGUGAUCUAAGGUUGACUNAAGCCGGGGGGGGGGGGGUACCAAUCCCAUUUCCCAGCCUAUUUCUUCUCGAAAUCCCACUUCCCAGUGCUCAAAUCCCAUUACCAAUAGCAGAAUUCGGAAAAAAUCCCAGUGCUAAACAUACCACCUCUUUUCGCUUCGCAUCCGCAAAAUUAUGGCUUAACCCAACAGAGACCCAAAAAUUCACGAGGAUUUACAAAGAUGUUCUGAAGACGAGAGGAUCACUUUGGACAGUAAUAAAACUCGGAAGUGGCGACUUUAUAGCGAUUAGCUCCUCUCACUUCACACUCCUGUCAUUCCUGCCUGGAGGAAAUCGGCCAUCCGACUAGUAAGUGUUCUUAUCAGCUUCCCAGUCUGGUCUGACGGAUCAUGUUCAUUGUCACUCGCUUCAAAGUACCUGUUCUACCUGUUCGUUGUUAGGAGACUCUAGUACUCUGGUGGUAAACUAGCAUCCUACUUUUAAUUAGGUGGCUCAUCACUUUCGCUUGGAACUCUUUCUACGCCUAUCGGUAAAUUCAAAUUGACUGGUUUCAAGACCGUUUCAGUUUCAUAUAAGUUCAGAGGCAAAGUGCCCACCCUGUUCAUGUGUUAUCUUGUCUUACAUUUCGUUGUCGUCUGACGGGUUUAGGAGAACUACACAAGUAUCGUUGACCGCAAAUUGGGGCCAUUCAGGGGAAAUCUGGAUAAAAAUGCUAAAAAUUGACUAGUCCAAGGUGCAUGGACAAUUUUCUCAAGUUUCUUAACUCCAGGAAAUAAGUGACGCCUCGACUGGUCAUGAUUCCAAACUAUUUAUCUCAUUCCCAUUUUUGACAUUUUAUUCCCAUUCCCACUGACUUAAAUUCCAAUUUCCCAGGGCAAAAACCAGCCCAUCCCAAUUCCAAUUUUACUUCUAGUUCAGGACCCUCUUGUUUAUCUGGCGACAAGAAAAAGACCUUAUCUCCCGGCUUAGUGGAUAAAGUCGGCUCAAACAAUUCUAUAGUUUAGACAGUUAUUCGCUGUCAGUUUAAAACACUCAUAUGUGUUCAUUGUAAUGGGUUUCCAACAAAGAAAUCUACUUUCAGACAGUUGUUGUUGAACACAUGAAAAACGGAAACGUUUUAGAAAGAUUUCCGCACCGCCUAGAGAGUGAAGCUAUGACUCGAAGACUGAAACAUGAAACCAGCCUAAAUGGAGUGAAGCACAAACGGAGAGAGAAUGUUUCUCUUUCUGCUUAAAUACCCAGGUUUUUCUAUCAAUUGUUCGCACUCAAACAAACGGAAAAGCAGUUUCCUUAUUGGUUACUUACCAUCUAUACAAAUCAUAAUGCUAGUGUCUUGUUUUUAUAUAUAGCUAAGCUUAAAUGCAGUACAGGAGUUUUCCAGGGGAACACUACUACAGUUCCAUCGUCGGGUUUUACAUAACGCUUCCGGCUCAGCAUGAAUGAACAGAGCAGGGAAAACUAAGGCGGAGCGGGCCCGCUUUUUUUCAGCUUAAUUCAUGACACUUUCUAUGACCUUCUAUUCUCUCUGCAGACAGGAAGAGACAUUUAAGGCAAAAUCAGAUUCAGGUUGACAGUUUCUCAAACUUUUUAGGAAACGAAAUGAUAAAAACUGUACGAAACAAUACUUUUAGAUAAACUUUGCAGCAUGAAACUUCUUAUUUUCGAGUAGAUAUUGAGGGUAGUAUACGGCAAAUGAAGUGAAAACUUUGUUGGUCAAGUUGAACGAACUGUCGUUGGCCGUCUAAGCGCUCACUCUCCAAAAAUACACCGACAAGUAUUACCUAGUAUAAUGAUUAUUUGGCCGGCAUUCUUUGUUGCUUGCGUCAAAUCAGCUCAGCUCCGCCGAAUUUUUUUUCAGAAGAACCCAAGUGUGGCGUGAGAUUCCUAAACAAUGAUUUAGAAGAUAAGCGAAUUGUUGGAGGGCAUGUUAGUUCUCCUGGUGCUUGGCCCUGGCAAGUGGCUCUUCUUCUAAACGAUAAACAGACAUGUGGAGGAUCGCUUAUUUCUCCUCAAUGGGUGGUGUCAGCUUCACAUUGUUUUGUUGGUAAAAAAAUACACUUCUUAUCUGUGUUUCGCCAAAUAGUAUACAGUAGAAUCCCGAUUUCUCGAAUCCUUGGUUCUUUCGGCAAAAUCCCCGAUCAUUUAACUCAAACCCAACUUGCCUUCACCAGUCAAACACUAACCCCCCGAUUUUUCAACCUCCCGAUAAUUCGUAACAAUUUGCUUUUCCCGGCCUUCGAAAAAUCAAGAAUCAACUGUAAUUGUCUACUACUAAACUAGAAUGUGAUUAAGACAAGAUUUUCCUCAACCUAGGUGAUUUGCUAUUCAUCUUAGUCAAUUAAUUAAUUCAGCUUUUGUAAAUAAAACGAUCCCAUUUAUCGAUGAAAAACUAGAUUGCAGAAUUUUGGCUCAAAGAUUGAGAACUUAGUGUCGCUUCUGGUCCGUACGGAGCGCCACCGUUUCUUCGGUUUUAUGUAGAAUUAACGCUGUCAUGGCUCUGGUUGACCUGGUUAUGAUGGUUUCAGGUUCCCUGUUAUCCAAAGAUCCUAAAGACUGGACUGUGACACUAGGAGAACAUCAUCUCAAAAAUGAAGACUGGUUUGAACAAACCAGAAAGGUAAAGGCAAUUUACCUUCACCCAGAGUACAAAGAACCCGAAAAUAAAGUCGCCGACAACAAGUUACAUAGCAUUCCACCAGACUAUGACGUAGGUAAGAUGGUUCCGUCAUUUUUAUAACAGAUCCCCCAGAGUGUUUUAACGUUUUAAGAUCUUAAGAUGGCCAACAACAAAAUCAGCAAAGAUAGAUCUGUCCACAGGUCCUGCCUCAACUAACAAAUUUUGACCAAUCCUGACAGAAUUACACUCCAAAUUGGCGAGCAACAUUCGGGGAAAAAAUCGCUGUCAAUUUUGCUAUUCACCUGCUGCUCUUUGCAGAGUAGAUUUGUCCCUCUCCUAAAAAAUUAGCCAGCCAAAAGUCCAUGCAAAAAAAAAGAAACCAUAAAGUGGGCAACAAAUCGGGCUAUAACGAGGAAAGACAAAGGAAAAACAAGAGAGUGAGCAAGAAAGAUGGAAAUAGAUUUGCAAAAAGAUGACCAAGACUAAUUAACAUAGCGCUUUGAAAAUAAAAGUAUCAAAAAAGAAGGAAAAAGUAAGCAUCAAAGAAAUAAAAAGAAAGAUCAACAAAAUAGCUGAGUAAUAUGUUUUCUCAAUGUUAGAUCCAAGAUAGAACUUAGUGAAAGUAACUUGUUUCGUUUUUCUACAGCUCUGUUGCAAUUAGAAACUCCAGCCAUUUUUGACAACUUUGUGUCGCCAAUCUGCCUGCUUUCUCAAGGUGCUCAGUUCCUCGCUGGUAAGGAAUGUUACGUCACAGGCUGGGGUCACACGCAAUGGAGAGGGACUAAGCCCGACAUUCUAAGAGAAGCUAAAGUAAAGCUUGUACAUGAAGACAAGUGCAACGCAGAAAAAUCAUACGGCGGCGCUAUACAUAAUAGGGCAUUAUGUGCUGGCUUUGAGGAAGGUGGGGUUGAUGCAUGCCAGUACGACAGUGGAGGGCCACUGGCUUGUCAACAUGAAGGGCUUUGGUAUUUGACAGGCGUGGUAUCCUGGGGCCAUAACUGUGGCCAUCCACAUAAGUAUGGGGUGUAUGCUGACAUGCAAGUCAUGACAGAUUGGGUGCGGAAGAUUAUCAAUGAAAAUUAAAUUUAAAAAAAACUUUAGGCCUGUUAAAUUGCUAGACAUUAAAAACAUUAAUAUGCAACUAUGACAACAUUUGCAACCAACAUAACCGUAGGAAAACACCAAAUAUGUAUGUUUAUUUCUCAGUGGCAAACUAGUUUGAGGGAGUGUUGAAGCUGGUUCAACUGUCAGUGCUUUGGCUCACUAGAAAUAAUAUUGUUGCUACAGUAACAUCACCUCAUC